AUGCCGAUUGAUUACAGCAGAUUCGAUGCGAUUGAAGUGAGCGACGACUCUGACAUCGAAGUCCACCCCAACGUCGACAAGCGAUCUUUCAUCCGAGCGAAGCAGAACCAGAUCCACGCAGAGCGCCAGCAGAGGAAGAACCGCAUCACAGCCCUCAAGUAUGAGCGGGUGAUCAACAGCGCUUUGCUGGGACGGGUGGUGUCGCUCUUGGACAAUCUGAAGGCCAAUGCCUCUGAAGCCGCUACCGGCAACCAGGCCCAGGUUGCCUUCAAGGCUGUCCUGAGCACUGCCGGCGAUCCCAAGAACGACCAGCCGCCCCCGCGACCAGAGGGUGUUUUCAGCGAUGACCAGCCCAUGCCGACAUACUCAAAAAUGCUGAUGCAGCUAUUGGACCAAGUGAACAAGACUCUUGAUGAGAAGAAGGUCGAGGAUCGGUACACGGGAAUGCUUGAAGAGAUGCAGGUGCACGUAGACAAGAUUAAGGAGCUACAGAAAGAACAAGCGGCCGAGCUGGAGAAGCUCGAGAAGGAAGAAGGGAAGAAGAUUACGAGUGACAACAUUCGGGAUGGAUUCAACAGCUCGCACGUGAAUAAAUCAGGCCCUUCGGAUAAGAAGGAGGAUACAAAGGUGGAGCUGCUUAAUCCCAACUUUUCUGGAUUUGAGCAGGCGUCUUCAUCAGACAAGGUUGCGGUCGAUGACGAUGACGAGAUAGAGGCAUCGCCAGCGGCCCAGAAAUUUGGCGCAAUCAACGCCAGCGACUAUUCAACCAGCUUAAAGUUCCUGGCUCAGAACCCUGAGAUCUUGACGGAGCGAGAGACGGACGGAUUGCUUGUGCUUGCGUUUGACGCAGCCUUGGAGCGAAAGGAUGAUUUGGCUCGCCAGCUUGUCCACCAAGCACUGUUACUGCAAUAUUGCCGUGCGCUGGGCAAAGAUGGCGUGGCGCUCUUCUUCAAGCGCAUCACUACAAAGGGUCACCAGGCACAGGAUGUCUUUUACAAGGACGUCCAGGAGACAUACAUGAGAAUCAAGAACAGGUCGCUGGAAAUCAUUGCUGAGCGGGCUAAGGAACCGGCAGAGGGUGUCGAGCAGAUCCAGCUACAUGCCGUGGAGCCUGGCACCAGCAUUCAGAUCAAGGUCCCUCCCUCCGUGAGCGAUGACCCAGAUACUCAGGCUGCCCGAAAGAUUUACGACAGCUUUGAUCCCGAGAUGAGGAAGGCCCUGGAAACAGGCGAUUUGGAUGAGGUCAACAAGGUAUUGGGGAACAUGAAGAUUGAUGAGGCAGAGGAGCUGGUGGGUCUCUUUGGAGAGGCCAAUAUCCUUAGUCUUGAAGAAGAACUGAUCGAUGCGACGACAGAGGAGGGACAGAAGCAGCUUCGAGAAUUGGAAGCAGCGGCGGCAGCUGAGAGAAAAGCAGCAGCAGAGGCAGAGGCAGAGGAGGCGGAGACGGAGUCAGUAGGUGACCCUGAGUAA